CUACCGGAGCACGCCGGACCGCGGUGGAUAUUCUCCCGGAUACGCGUCUUCUGAGGUCAGCGCCAAGUCAACCUCUUCCUCCACCGCCUCCGGCGGCCGGAGUUCGGUCUCCUCCGCCGCUAGGUCUGUAGCCGGAAUCUUCAGCGCCUGCUUCGCGCCGCCGGAAGCCACCAUAAGAAGCUCCAAAAGUUUCGGGGAUUCUGAGGAGUUCAAAGCUCCAUCUGGUUGCAGUUAGAAUUGUGUUGUAAUAACUGUGAAUUUGUAUCACAGUUGAUAACCAAAAACAAAAAUGAUUGAUAUGGUCGCAAUUGUUGUUACACUGCAAAAUCUUGCUUUCAGUUGAGACUUCACAAUGGCAGUUUGGUUCAGCUAUUUUAAUUUGAUAAGAGACUGAAAAUUUAUUGAAGUUCAAUUUCUCAAAUUCAGGGCUUUUCUGUAUUUAGAGAAUAUAGAUUCUGCAAUCCCAAUCUCUUUUUCUUUUGUUUGCAUCAAUGUAUGGUUAAGAUUGCAAGGAAGUGAUUGGUUAAAUUUAUGUUUAGUAAGUUCUAUAUUAUCAUCAACAUUGUGGAUUUUGAGUGUAGCAAGUGAAUUAUUAUAAGCUGUUCAAUGUGUUUCUUAGUUGCAUCGGAUGUUUCGAGAGCUAGUAGUCAGAAAGGGCGUGGCUUGAAUCGAGGCAUCAACAUCAGCAUAAAUAAAGAGCCUGGCACUGUAAAAUUCACCAUGGAGGAAAUCCAGAAAGCCACAAGAAACUUCUCCUCUUCUUUCAAGAUUGGCCAAGGUGGUUUUGGUACUGUCUACAAGGCCAAACUCUUGGAUGGAACAGUGGUUGCAGUAAAGCGCGCAAAGAAGAGUCUAUAUGAGAAGCAUUUGGGUGUAGAGUUCCAGAGUGAGAUACAAACACUAUCAAGGGUUGAACAUUUGAACUUGGUCAAGUUCUAUGGAUAUUUAGAGGAAGGGGAUGAAAGAAUUGUUGUUGUGGAGCAUGUUCCAAAUGGAAACCUAAGAGAACAUUUGGAUUGCAUUCACGGAAAAGUUCUUGACCUUCCUACACGUCUAGACAUUGCAAUUGAUGUAGCUCAUGCCAUCACCUAUCUUCAUAUGUAUAUAGAUCAUCCUAUCAUUCAUAGAGACGUUAAGUCUUCCAACAUUCUGCUGACCGAAAAUUUUCGAGCUAAGGUAGCAGAUUUUGGUUUUGCAAAACAAGCACCAGAUAGUGACUCCGGCAUGACUCAUGUAUCCACCCAAGUUAAAGGAACAGCAGGCUACUUGGACCCUGAAUACCUGAAAACAUAUCAACUGACUGAAAAGAGUGAUGUGUAUUCAUUUGGUGUUUUGCUUGUUGAACUCAUCACUGGGAGACGUCCCAUUGAACCGAAAUUCGAACUCAGAGAGCGAAUAACUGCAAAAUGGGCUAUGAAGAAAUUUGUGGAUGGAGAAGCUACCACUGUCUUGGAUCCAAGACUUGAUCAAACUGCAGCAAAUACACUUGCACUUGAAAAGAUUCUUGAACUAGCAUUGCAGUGUUUGGCACCUCGGAGACAAAACAGGCCUAACAUGAAGAGAUGCGCCGAGAUCCUUUGGACAAUCCGCAAGGAUUACAGGGAGCUAUCAGCCUCAGAUUUUCGCUCGUUUUCUUCUACUUCCCAGAGGAGCUCUUCAAUAAGAGACUGAGAAUGCUAAGUAUUCAUCUCAAGCAUGAUGAGGCAACAGAAACAACAUGAAGCACUUGCAUCAGAGAGUGCAAGUUAAUGCCAAAUCAUAUAACCAGAGGGGAAAACCAUUCUUCUGGUCAUGAUCUAGCAAUUUCAGCAUCUUUGGGAAAGUCCCUUUUGGACCACAGUGACAUGUGUAGGUAGAGUUCAUAUUUUGUCAAAUCUGUUCAUAAGAAUUUUUGUUUCUGUAUAUAGGAACUAGGAAGCACACUCAGACAAAAAGUUGCCUCCUUCCUUGAUUGAUUGCGUAUUAUUAUUACUAUUUUUUUGGGGUGGGUUUUUUAUAUUAUUAUUUUGAAUUAAAUGUAUUUCUUUAUCUUAGCUUCUAUUGCUGGUGGAGAUUUGAUUGUUGCAUUUUCACAUAGGAUAUCAUUCCAUUUACAAUUAAAUAUGUCUCUUGUAAUUCUUCUAAGUUCCUUUUUUUUGUCAUUGCGAAUAUUAAAUAGAUUUUUAUUAUCAAUGAGCAAUACUACAUGAUUAAUAAAAUUUAUUAUUUUUUUGUUAA